CAACAGCAGCAACAAACAAUGAAUUUUAUUUUAAACGAAUGUAGCAGUACAGUUUAUCCACUAUUAUUUCCCUCAACUCUUGUAUUAUUAGACCUUCAAUUAGAGUUAAAUAUGUUUAAGCAAUAUAAUUAUUAUUAUGAAGAUGCAAUCAUAAAAAAAGAAGUUUUACCACCAUCUCUUAUUUAUCUUGUUAUAAGAGGUGAAUACAAACCAACAUUUAUUUAUCCACUACCUAAAUCUUUACAAUAUAUUUUUAUUUCAAGUAAUAAUCAAAUCUUAAAUGAUAAAGCAUUUAGAAGUGAAAAUUUAUCUCCAAUCUUUAAAAUUUUCGAUAUCGAUAAUGAUAAAUUAAUUUAUAAGUACACUUCAAAAUUAUUUAAAACUUUAAAAAAUAAAAUAUAAAUAAAAAAAAAAAUUAAAAUCUUUUUUUUAAGUUUUAUAAAU